AUGCCGCGUUCCUGCCUGUGCCGGGGGCUGCCCGUCCUGCCCGGCUCCUGCUGGCUGCCAGGGCUGGUGUUCCCCGCCUGGGCGUCCAGAGCCGAGCCCAGCCCCGGCUCCCGGCAGAUCCAGUUAUGGCAUUUCAUCCUGGAGCUGCUGCAGAAGGAGGAGUUUCGCCAUGUCAUCGCCUGGCAGCAGGGCGAGUCCGGGGAGUUUGUCAUCAAGGACCCCGAGGAGGUGGCCCGGUUGUGGGGCAGAAGGAAACGCAAACCCCAGAUGAACUACGACAAGCUGAGCCGGGCGCUCAGGUACUACUACACCAAGCGCAUCCUGCACAAGACCAAGGGCAAACGCUUCACCUACAAGUUCAACUUCAGCCAACUCCUCUUCCUCACCUGCCCGCUGUGGGACGCCCGUGUCCCCCCCGCCGGGCCCCCCGCCGGGCCCAGCCAGUUGGCGCCCAGCGUGCUGCUGAGCCGGUGGGUGCUGGCGGAGCCGCUGGCCUGGCACUGGGGUCCGCGGCCCCCCCAGCCCCCCAACCCGUCGGAGAAGAGGGUGGCCACCAGCGGGACCCGCCUCGACUCCGCGCCCCCCCCAUGCCUGGGGGGGUCCUGCUGCCAUGUGGGGGGCCCGGAGGAGUUUCCCCCCCUGGUCACCUUCCCCCCGCCGCCGCCAGCCCUGGCCACCCAGGCCCCCACUUGGGCCACCUUCCCCGACCACGUCCUGGCCCCCCCCGGCCGCCUUCCGCUGCUGCUGCCCCCCCAGCCGGGGGUCCCCCCGUCGGUGCUCCUGCACCCCGGGUUCUGUGGGGUCCCGCUGGGGGCCGGGGGGGCCGGUGCCGGAGCCCCCGCCAUGCCGGCUGGGGGAGGAAGGGGAGGAGGAGGAGGAUGA